UGUGUAUUAUGCGCUGCGCCCAGGAAGAAUGCCAUUACCCAGGCACAGACAAAUGGCACAAACAAGCUUUGCUGCUAUGUGUACAAGACCCAGGCACUAUCCAAGAUGCUGGAAGAGAAUUUUAUCAACCCUUUGUUGCUGACAGGGCUCUUGCUUCAUGUUACUUCCGAAGACCAUUUGCUGCUGGAUUUGCAGGUACAGUGUGAGACUGAACAUCCGGCCACCCACAGAAUGGAAAUUAAUAUAGUACUGGUGUGAAGGAGAAUGCAAACAAUACAAUAAAUGGAACCAGUGGAGAAAACUGGAUGAAAGAAAAGUGUGAAGGCAGCACCUGGAAAGCAGCAGUGCAGCUUUUAACUGCAAAGAGCUGCAUGGAAGGCCCCUGGAAUAGUUUCUCUUCCAGGCUGCUAUCACAGAUUUGCCACCAAGAAGGUAUCAGAAGUGAUUGAAGAACUUGACAGGAAUGCGAGAAGUGCCAUCAGCACAUGGAAUGUGGAACCCCAAACUUCUUCUUAUGUAUUUGGCUCCUUUGUUCACAAGUGUUAAUGAGAGCCUAAAGGUCCAACGCUGACCAGGUGUGCGAUUAGCAGCAAUGUCGGGACAUACAGCAUUAGUCCCAGAGCAGAACAGCAACCAGGAAAACAAAACUUCAAAUAUGCGAGUCUCAGAAAAAAAGUGCUCAUGGGCUUCCUAUAUGACCAACUCCCCUACUUUGAUUGUAAUGAUUGGCCUUCCUGCCCGGGGCAAGACUUAUAUGUCCAAGAAGUUAACACGCUACCUCAACUGGAUUGGUGUGCCUACAAAAGUGUUUAAUCUAGGAGUAUAUCGUCGUGAAGCAGUGCAGUCGUACAAGUCCUAUGAUUUUUUCAGGCAUGAUAACACAGAAGCCAUGAAGAUUCGGAAACAGUGUGCCUUGGUGGCUCUGGAAGAUGUGAAAGCUUAUGUCACAGAGGAUGGCGGGCAGAUAGCUGUAUUCGAUGCAACCAACACGACUCGAGAGAGGAGGGACUUGAUCUUAAAUUUUGCUAAGGAGAAUGCUUAUAAGGUGUUUUUUGUGGAGUCUGUCUGUGAUGAUCCAGAAGUCAUUGCUGCCAAUAUCCUGGAAGUGAAGGUCUCCAGCCCUGACUACCCAGAGAGAAAUCGAGAGUGUGUGAUGGAUGAUUUCCUGAAGAGGAUAGAGUGCUAUAAAGUCACAUAUCAGCCCCUUGAUCCAGAUAGUUAUGACCAAGAUCUUUCCUUCAUUAAAGUGAUCAAUGUGGGACAGCGGUUCCUGGUAAACCGUGUCCGGGAUUACAUCCAGAGUAAAAUCGUCUAUUACCUAAUGAACAUUCAUGUCCAGCCGCGCACCAUCUACCUUUGCCGGCAUGGCGAGAGUGAGUUUAACCUUGUUGGCAAGAUCGGUGGGGAUUCUGGCCUGUCACCACGUGGGAAGCAGUUCGCUCAAGCCCUUAAAAAAUUCAUUGCUGAGCAGGAGAUUGUGGAUUUGAAGGUUUGGACGAGCCAGCUGAAGAGAACCAUCCAGACAGCUGAGUUCUUAGGGGUCCCCUAUGAGCAGUGGAAGAUUCUGAAUGAGCUCGAUGCUGGAGUGUGUGAAGAGAUGACAUAUGAAGAGAUUGAAACUCAGUACCCAGAUGAGUUUGCUCUGAGGGAUCAAGAGAAAUAUCUUUAUCGUUAUCCUGGAGGAGAAUCGUACCAAGACUUGGUCCAGCGUUUGGAGGCUGUGAUUAUGGAGCUGGAGCGUCAGGGCAAUGUUCUGGUUAUUGCUCACCAGGCUGUUAUGCGGUGCCUGUUGGCCUACUUCCUUGACAAGAGCGCAGACGAGUUGCCAUAUCUGAAGUGCCCCCUUCACACCAUAUUCAAGCUCACACCAGUUGCUUAUGGGUGUAAAGUGGAAACGAUCACCUUGAAUGUUGAAGCAGUGAAUACCCAUCGAGACAAGCCUUCUGGGAGUACUAACAACCUUCCAAAGAGCCAAACCCCUGUAAGGAUGAGAAGAAACAGCUUUACGCCUCUGGCCAGUUCGGACACAAUAAAGCGCACACGAAAUUACAGUGUUGGGAGCAGGCCUCUCAACCCAGUGGGGUCUCCGCUAUUCCCAGAGACUCGAGAUGGGGCUGAUCAGCAGAAGCUACAAUUUCAAAUGGGAAGUGCUUGCUUGGAGUCAGCAAACAACAUCACUUGUGAGUCCUUGGUUUCUGUCUCAGCCACCAAGUGAGGCUGUCGAGUGAGAGGAAUUUAGUGUCACACUGUACAGAAUGGCCAGGAUAUUACCCAUGCUUCCCUUUGUGCCUGUGUUGCUCAGAUCCAACCUUGCUGACCACGAGGCCCUUUCUUGUCCCUUCUUUAAAUGCCUGAGUGAAUGUCACUGCAAAUGUUAGUACAAAUAUCUCUUCAUGUGCUUGAUGUUUCAGUUUAUGCCUUGCCUGUGAAAUUGACUUCUAUAACUUUGACGUUGCAUUUUAUUUAUCUUAUUUGUGAAACUGAUUGUGCAAUGUGAGAUUUGUUUUUAUUUAAUUUAGUUGUGGUUCUUAGUAGGUGUCUCUUUGGGUUUUGUACGUGUGUGUUUAAUGUUAUCACAGCAUUUUUGCUUUCUCCUCAGGGGAGUGAUAUCAUUUUCUCCUAUGCAUUUGUUGUAACUCUGUUUAAAUGCCCAGUUGCAACCAUUUGGCAUGAAAUCUCUUUCUCUUUCCAGUGAUUUUUGACUGUGCUUGAAACGCACUUCUAUACUCAACAAUGUUACUGUUGCUAUAUUGAAUAAGUGACUUUGCUUUAAAGGAAUAUUCUCAAAGAAGCUGAAAAAUGUUUGCAUUAGAACAAGGCCUUCAGAAAACUGUCUCUCCUUGGUGACCACCUUGGCAGCCAGAGGAAUGUUUUAGAAUUGGGUUCUGGGAGUCAAAAGUUAUGGGUUCCAUUCCAUUGGUUCCAUAUUGACUAAUUUUAUGGCAUAGACCAAGUCACUUAAUCUCCCUGUACUUUGGUUUCCCAUCUGGGGAUAGUACCCAUGUUUAUAAAGCACUUUGAGAUCAUCUGAUGAAAGGUGCUGUGUAAAUGCCAAAUAUCAUUGUCGUGGACUUGAGGGGAGCUCAUUUUAACUAUCGAUUUUAAAUUAGAAAACUGAUCUUGAAACAGCUUUUUAAAAACUCUGGUUUCCAAGCUUUCCAAUGGGGAUCGUCUCAAUCUGGUGUUGCAUGUCAAACAGUCAAGAUGACCGUGAUGGUCAGUUAUUCUUUUUUUAACUUUGUUAAAACACGUCAGGUUUUUUUUUUCAUUUCAUGGAUCCAGUGGCCAGGAACUACCCCAUGCAGCGGGAAGGGCAGACUACGCUCUUCCAGACUAUUCCUCUUGGGUAUUCAGUCAUUACAUGGACCUAAUGCAUUUCCUCCCACACACCCAAGACAGAAUUUAACCCUAUAGAAAUUUGUUUGCAAUUCAUCAGAGUUCCAAAAACCUCUUGAUACUGACAACAUUAUGCUCUGAGGAACAGAUAUUCUGUGGCCUUCUCCAUUUUAUAGGCAAUGCACUUGUCUUUCAGUUUCGCUGGUAGAAAAAAAAAUGGGAGGGAGAAAUGCAUUUUUUCCCUGUGACACUGAAGUUAAAUGCCUUAUCCUAUAUGACAGCUUCAUUUUAGAGCUAUAUUGAAACUGCUUUUUUUAAUUGUCAUUUGCUGAGCUGCCUUAACUUACAGUUUCCACUUACGAAUCGUAUGCCAAUUCUGUCUUUAUGUAGAACUAUGUUCUGCAGAUGGAAAGGAAAAUGGUUGCUGGUUCAAUUGUUUUCCAGACAUCUAACAGACACAGUAAGAAUGGAAAAUUAGGGUUUCAUAAAAGAGACUCCAUUCAUAUUUCAUUCUCAAAGAUAGUACCAAAAAAAGGAACGCUACAGCCAGACGUGGGUCUUGCUGUUUUCAGGUGUCACUUAAACACCUCUUUCAAGCGGGGAGGGCUGUACUUUGUGUUGAAUCAAGACAAGCACAACUUCCGUUCAGAAUUGAACAACUUCGAUUGAAUGUCUACAGACAUUGUGAACAUGCAUCUACAGGCACAAUCAGAACUUGUAGGUACCACACAGUGAUCUAUCCAGAGCUGUUUGUAACUCAUCUGCUAACAAAAGGAUUUUAAAUUUAAUUGCACUUUGUAAUGAGAGUGAAUCUCUUCAGCACUUUUACUGUGAUUACGUAGCCUCCCUGUUUGUAACCAGCAUUUUAUAGGCAUACAUUCCUUAGGAUAAAUGACUAUGUUAUGGGUUUCAGGAUAACGUGCCUUGUUUUGUCGUUUAUUCUCUCUAUCUUAACAUAGAUUUUAAAUAACAGAUACAGAAAAGUUUUAUUUAAAUGAUAAAGUGAUGUUGUGACUGUUUUACUCAAGCUGCAAUAACGCACAAAAUGUCAAUGGAUGUUGCUAGAUACUGAGUGAAUGUUUUGGGUAUUAUCAGCAAAGUUGUUAUGCAGAAAUGGCACCUUCUCAGUUCGUUCCCUGUGUGUCUCUGUGUCUCAUCUGUGGACUUUACUGACACAAACGUGUACACAUGGGAGAGCAAGAUGGAUUUUUUUCUUCUCCCCCGAACCCUCGCUGUGGGGCUGAUCCUGUUCCCAGUAAAGUAGGUGAGAGUUUUGCCUUGACACGUCCACAGGAGCAAGCCCCAGUAGAAUGGUCAGGCUAAGGUCCAGUUGCAGAGUCUGUUUUGCUGGGAAUGAAGUAAGACAGCAGGGUGCCAGCUAGGUCUUCAGGUGGGAGCUUGUGUCACUGGCAACUAGGUAAAUUGUCAUUUUCACUUUGUAAAUAUAGCAAAUAAGAUUUCUGAUCAACAAGGGUGAAAUUCACCCCUGGACUGAGGAACAAGGCCUGCGUGCUGCUUAUGCCUGGCCUCUGUGCUGGUACUUUGCACAGAAAUUAAUUGUACCCUGAAGAAGUAAACCUGCAGCCCUCCCCCGCCCCCAAAUGCCAUUUUAGCAAUAUUAUUUUCUAGCCAUAAUCGCACUUUAAGCUUGAGUCUCUAUAUGAAGAAGCUGGUGGAAGGGGUGUGUUUGCAAACAAACUGAUGGAACUUAGUCCAACAUUUUGUGGAAUUUAGUCUACAACAUCCUUCCCCCCCCCCCAUGGUUUUGAUUUGCAUUAAAACUCGGUGUGAAUGUGUUGCUAUAGACACGUUCUUUAUAGAAUACUAGCAUCUUAUGCUGGCAUUGGUUUGUUAUAAAAAGUUGCUUGUUUUUUCUGUUUGUGGUUUCUUGGGGUGGGGGCAGUUUUAUUUUUAAUCAAAUAUGACUUGUUUGUAAAUCACACAUGGAAAAAUGUCAUGUCUGAUUUUCUGAAUGUUUUUAAAAGAGUAAAUGUGUUUUGAUGAUUUUUGUCAUUGAAUCAAUGACUUAGUUCGUGUCUCUUUACUGCUAAACACUGAUGAUUAUACCAUAAAUAAAAUGGCACAGACUGAUUUACAAGAUUGGGCUACAAUCUUCAGAAGUGCCCCUUACGUCUGAAGGGCAAGUGCUCAGCAAUUUCUGCAAUUCAGGCCCCUUUAAGGUGACUCAUGUUGGGCACCUAAAUACGUUAGUCACUUUUGAAAAUCUUGGCCUUUGUAUUUUAGUUUAUAUAGCUGUGUGUCUGUAAAGUUACCUGCUAGUCUUGCUCAUAUGAAUGCAUUCUCUUUAUAAAAUGCAUCAGAACGUCAUUAGUACAUUUCCUGUAUGGAAGGAGCAUAGUUGUAAAACCAGCAAAGUGUUUCACAUGGUUGAUUUUUUUUUUUGCAAAUAUGGGCCUGCAAAAUAGAUAUUGUAAUGUUGUUUCUGAAUAUUUGUGUUGUAAACUUUCUUGUGGAUCAGAUAAAUAAAAUGAAGUAACUUUGAA